UUAUGUAUUUAUCUUCUUGUUUCCAUCCUAGAACACAGGGGAUUUGUGAAGAGAGAAGAUACAAGAGUGAUGGGUGAAGCUGGGUCCUAUAACCUGAGAGGCGAGCGCCCUGGGGCCGGCCAAAUCUGUCCUCCGUGCUCAGGGUAGAGCCUUUGUUUUCUGUCAUGGGGUGAAGAUUGCUCCGGGCCUCCGUGUCUGGGUUGAUGCUGGGCACACACCUUCAGUUCUUCCGUUUUCUCACUCCUUCCUUGGCUCCGCCCAGAGGGCUCAGUGACAUACCACGAGGAAAUGUUUCCUCUAGGGGAUGGUCCUAGAGGAUUGUGACUGCCAAAAGAAUGGUGCUGAGGAGACUGGGUUUGGAAGGAGUGUGAAGAGGGCAGAUGUGGAGGACGCAGCAGCGAGGUGGGGUGACCAGCCAGCCUCACAUGGGAUAAAGAAACCCGGAUGGACGAAGACUGAGAAAUACACUUCUCUCCUUAGAGGAGCUUGCCUGUGCUCCCCCCAGCCCCAAAGCCACCAACUGCUAGAGGAGACAUCAGAAGACAGAACACAUAAACCCAAUUCCUACCCCAAGACUCUCAUCGUGUCCCAAAGAAACAAGUGUUCAUUUCUCAAGGAAAAGGCUGAAAGCGUCCAGCAUUGGAAUCGACUGUCAUGGAGAUCACGGAUCAUGACACCCCCCAGGAUGGAUCCACAUCCUCAAGUAAUCAGAGGACCGUUAGUGAAGACAGUCUUUCGUUGAUUGAAGCUGUUAAAAAGGAAAAUGUUGACAGGAUCCAGCAAUUGCUGGAAAGAGGGGCUGAUGUCAAUGUCUGUGAAGACAUGGGGGGUUGGACACCUUUGCACAAUGCAGUGCAGCUUGGCAAGGUAGACGUUGUCGAGCUCCUGCUUCGUCAUGGUGCUGACCCCCGUCGAAGGAAGAAGAAUGGGGCCACUCCCUUCAUCAUCGCUGGGAUCCACGGAGACGUGAGACUGCUCGAGAUUUUCCUCUCUAGAGGAGCAGAUGUCAAUGAGCACGAUUUGAACGGCUUCACGGCUUUCAUGGAAGCUGCCGAGUAUGGUAACGUCAAAGCCUUAAGAUUCCUUUUUGAUAAGGGAGCCAAUGUGAAUUUGAGACGGGAUACCACGGAAGACAGAAGGCGACUGAAGCAAGGAGGGGCCACAGCUCUUAUGAGUGCUGCUGAAAAGGGACACACAGAAGUCCUGAGUAUUCUCCUCAAGGACAUGGGGGCAGAAGUCGAUGCCCGGGACAAUAUGGACAGAAAUGCCUUGAUCCGUACUCUGCUGAACUCCGAUAGUGAAAAUGUGGAGGAGAUUACUCGCCUUCUGCUCCACCACGGGGCUGACGCUAACGUGAGAGGAGAGGGCGGGAAGACACCCCUGAUCUCCGCAGUGGAAAGGAAACACAGAGGUUUGGUGCAGAUGAUACUGGAUCAGGAGGGAAUAAACAUCGAUGAUAGAGAUAGCCAGGGCAAGACAGCCCUGCUAAUCGCUGUUGAACUCAAACUGAAAGAAAUUGCCGAGUUGCUAUGUGCUAAGGGAGCCAAUACCAACUGUGGGGAUCUUGUUGGGAUAGCCAGGAGGAAUUAUGAUCCUUCCCUUGCAGACCUUCUGCUCCGUUAUGGAGCUAAUGAUGAAACAGGCCCUCCUGCUGGAGACAGGUUGCCUCAUAGUUCACGCUGGGAGGAAGCCUUGAAAAGACUUCACCGUAUGUCUCGACCCAUGAUUGGCAAACUCAAGAUCUUUAUGGACAAUGAAUUUAAAAUUUCUAGCACUUCCGAAGGGGGCAUCUACCUGGGGUUCUAUGACAAUCGAGAGGCGGCUGUGAAGGUCUUCCGUGAGGACAGCACAUAUGCACAUAAUGAGGUCUCCUGUCUGCAGAGCUGCCUUGGACACAGUAACUUCGUGACAUUCUAUGGACAUGAGACCAGCAAGGGCUGUUCAUAUGUGUGUAUGUCCCUGUGUGAUUGGACACUGGAAGAGUUCCUGGAAGGGCCCAGAGAGGAACCCAUGGAGAACGGGGAAGAUAAGUUUGCCCGCAAUGUCCUCUUGUCUAUUUUUGAGGCUGUUAAAAAGCUACACUUGCAUGGAUAUACCCAUCAGGAUCUGCAGCCACAAAACAUCUUAAUAGACUCCAAGAAAGCUGUUCGCCUGGCAGAUUUUGAUCAGAGUAUCCAGUGGAAGGAAGAUCCACAGACGGUCAAGAGAGACUUGGAGGCCCUUGGACGGCUGGUCCUCUAUGUGGUAAAGAAAGGUGAGAUCCCCUUUGAGACACUGAAGGCACAAAAUAAUAAAGAGGUGAUUAAAAAAUCUUCAGAUGUGGUGACUAAGGACCUCAUUUAUUGCCUGUUUUAUCCUGGAGAGAAUGCAAUGAACUGUCUGGAGGACCUUCUCAGCCAUCCUUUCUUUUGGACUUGGGAGAACCGCUACAGAACACUUCGGAAUGUGGGGAAUGAAUCUGACAUAAAACAACCAAAAGGUAAAAGUGAGCUUCUCAAACAACUCCAGCCUCAGACACAUGAACCUUCCAGAAGUUUUUAUCAGUGGAAAUCUAAGAUUGACAAAUAUGUUAUGAAAGAAAUGGAUUAUUUCUAUACGAGAAACAACAGAAAACCUUAUCAGGACACUGUGGGUGACUUACUGAAGUUCAUUCGGAAUAUAGGAGAACACAUCGAUGAGGAUAAAAAUAAGCACAUGAAGGAGAGAAUUGGAGACCCUUCUCGUUAUUUUCAGGAGACAUUUCCAGAUCUUGUAAUCUAUGUCUACAAGAAACUACGGAACACAGAGUAUAGAAAACAUUUUCCUCAGGCUCAAUCAAGCCUCAGUGUGCCCAAGGCAACGGGACCAGCAGACCUACAGAGCUGAGGCUUGCAAGCUCAAGGAACCGAUUUUUAAUCUGUAUAGUUCUUGGCAAGUUGCAUAUCUGUGAUCUCUUAGGUAAUCUGGUUGCUUGUGAGGGCUGAGUUAACUAGCCAGCAUGUCAGUUUCUGAUACACUGUUCCACACAAUCACAAAAGCAGUGUACUACAAAACUGUACUACUCCAUUUUGGUGGAUAGAAUUGGGAGAGCCUUCUGUUAAGAUUUCAUUUUUUAAAAAAAUGUGCGUGCGUGUGUGCGUGUGUGUGCGUGCGUGUGUGCGUGCAUGUGCGUGUGCGUGUGUGUGUGUGUGUGUGUGUGUGUGUGUGUGUGUGUGUGUGUUUGUAGAGAAGGGGGGCACACAUGCCACAUGUGGAAGUCUGAGUACAACUUUGUGGAGCUGAUUCUCUUCUUCUACCAUUAUAUGGGUUUGGGGGAUCAAAUUCAUGUUGGGAGGCUUUCAUGGCGAGCACCACUACCCACCUGAGUCAUAUCACGAGCAUGAUUCCUAUUAUAUUAAUUGCACCAAAGGAAUGAGUAUCAAGACCCUGUGCCUGUGUGUUUUAUGUUUAUCUCACUUAAUUCCUCCAAUGAUCUUGCAAAACAGAAUUUAUUAUCUCCAUUUAAGAACCAAGGCUUGGAGAGUUUGAAUGACUUGCCCAAGAUCAUACAACCCUGUCAGAGCAGUGUCUAAAAAGAUGUAACAUUAUUGCAUCUCACAUGGGGGCUUUAAAUACAAUCAACAUCUCUUCUGGAUGAAACUCAGAAGGAAUUUGCCAAAGGGCUCCAGGAGGCUUCGUUAGUCAUUCAGUAUUUGGUACCUAGCUAAAUGAAUCCCAUUUUUUUUUUCUGUAAGCACCAGUACUGGUUUCUCAUGAUCAAGGUCAUAGUUCUCACUUGGAGUCAUUUGUUAGUGUUGUAGCCGGGGGGAGGGGGGGCAGGGAAUGGCACUAUUGGCAUUGAGUAAGUAUGAGCCAGGGAUGCCACCAAACAUUCUGUGAUGCAUGAAGCAGCCCUCUCACAACACCACACUGUGCAGACUCAAUAUCAGUGGUGCUGAGGUUGACAAAGACUGUCUGAAGGGAUUGGGACACGUUUGAGCUGGCCUUGGGCCUAGGGCUGUAAGUACAUGGAACACCUCCCAGAAGAAUGACUUGGGUGUAUUUUCUUGAAGCUGGAUCUGAAAUGAAGUGGUUCCUUCUGGUGUCCAUGCAGGAGUCCUCAUCUUCCCUCGCUUCCCAUGCUCAUGGUGCACAUGCUCUGUUUGUGGUGCUCUACCAUCUCCCUGACACAUUGUCACCUCAGUGCAUGCUUCGUCCCAAUUGUCCUUUUGUCCCCUGCCCCUGAAUCAAAGCUCCCUAAGGCCUUUGUAUCUUUACUGCUUAGUAAUGCUUGAUAAAUCUUCACUGAGUAAUCAAUGGACCACCCUUGUACAUGGAUGAUGAUGAUGAUGAUGAUAAUAUAAUGAUGAUGAUGAUGAUAUGAUGAUGAUGACAAUGACAAUAAAUUUAUGGACUUUAUACAUUA